AUGGGGCUCAUGGUGCUCGUCUCCGGCGACACUGCAAGCGUUAUGCUGUGUCGAAUGGGACGCCGUCGGGUAUUCAAGGACAGGGAUAUUGUGCAACUUCUUGUCAGAAGGGCUGAAAAUGCUGGCUAUAAGGCAAUUGCCGUCACUGUCGAUGCUCCACGGCUUGGUCGCAGGGAAGCUGAUGUUAGGAACAGAUUCACGCUGCCUGAAAAUGUGGCAUUGAAGUGCUUUGAAGGACUGGAUCUCAGCAAAAUGGACAAGACUAAUGCUUCCGGCCUUGCUGCAUAUAUUGACAGCUCUCUUUCCUGGAAGGAUAUCAAGUGGCUACAGAUGAUUACCCGGUUGCCUAUCUUAGUGAAAGGAGUCAUAACAGCAGAAGAUGGAAAAUUUCAGGUUGUAAGAGAAGCAAAGGGCCGUGUGCCUGUGUUCCUUGACGGCGGCAUCCGCCGUGGCACUGAUGUGUGCAAGGCCUUGGCACUGGGAGCCUCAGGAGUAUUUAUUGGAAGGCCCGUACUGUUCGCCCUUGCUGUGGACGGCAAGGCUGGGGUGAGGAAUGAACUACGGAUGCUGAGGGAUGAGCUGGAGAUCACCAUGGCGCUGAGCGGCUUCACGUCGCUGAAAGAUAUCACCCGCGAUCGUGUUAUCACUGAGAGCGACAUCGGAUGUAGGCUUUGCUUCGUUUGCUGUUGUGCAGCACUGAAAGUGGUCCUGCAACCAGAUCGGUUCCUGAGCGAGCUGACGAGCAUGUACGAGCGGAGCACGGAGAAGGGAUCCGUGUGGGUCACCAUGAAGCGAUCGACUCUCAAGGGCAAGGCACAGUUGCAGAAGAUGGAGAAGAAGGGGCAGGAGGUAGAGCACCGGUGCCUCAUCCGUGCCUCUGAUGGCAAGAAGAGCAUCUCCACCUCGGUCUCUCUAAAGGAGUACGCAAAGUUCCAAGCUUCAUACGCAACAGUUCUUAAGGCCCAUAUGCAUGCUCUUAAGAAAAGGGAGAGGAAAGACAAGAAGAAGGCUGCAGAUGCUGAGAAGGCAAUCGAGACCGCACCCAAGAAGCAGAAGAAAGCAUCUUCAAAGAAAACUUCGGGGUCCAAGUCAUAA